AUGGCUCAACUGCUGAACAGCAUUCUCACUGUGAUUGAGGUGUUCCAGAAACAUGCUAAAGAGAAUGGGAACUGUACCUCACUGUGCAAGAAGGAGUUGAAGCAGCUGCUCUUGGUUGAGUUUGGAGACAUCCUCCGGAGACCAAAUGACCCAGAGACUGUGGAAACCAUCCUGAGCCUCUUGGAUAAAGACAGAAAUGGACAUGUUGAUUUUCAUGAAUAUCUCUUGUUGGUGUUUCAAUUGGCCCAAGCCUGCUAUCAUAAACUAAAUAAUAGGUCAUGUGGAGAUAGAAUCUCUCAGCAAGAAGGGGAGCAGGAGGGAACACAAGACCAUAAGUUCCCAGAAAAUACAGGCAGACAACACAGGCAGAGGCAUGAGGAAGAAAGGCAGGACUCCCAUUGCACUCAGUCCGAGAGACAAAACCAGGAUGUACACCAGGAUCAGUCUGAGAGACAGGGUAGGGACUCCUGCUAUGGUCAGGCUGAGAGACAGGAUAUGGACUCCCAUUGUGGUCAGUCUGAGAGACAGGAUAGGGACUCCCACUAUGGUCAGUCUGAGAGACAUGUUAGGGACCCCCACUAUGGUCAGUCUGAGAGACAGGAUAGGGACUCCCACUAUGGUCAGUCUGAGAGACAGGAUUCAGACUCCCACUAUGGUCAAAGAUGGAGUCAUAAAUCUAGCAGUAGCCAGCCUAAAAAACAAGGAUAUAUCUUUGCCUUAAAUCAAUGUGAGAGACAAAUUCACAAUUCUUGUUAUGGCCAGACAAACCAACAGGAAUCAGGUUUUUAUUAUGGACCGUCUGGGAGGCUGGAUCAGAAAUCAGGUUAUGGUCAGAGAGAUAGGCAAGAAUUGGACUCUCAAUAUAGCCAGACAGACAGACAAGGCCAGAGUUCCCACUCUAGCCAGACAGACAGACAAGGCCAGAAUUCCCACUAUGGUCAUACAGACAGACAAAACCAGAGCUCCCGCUAUGGCCAAACAGACAGACAAGGCCAGAAUUCCCACUAUGGUCAGACAGACAGACAAGGCCAGAAUUCCUGCUAUGGCCAGAUAGACAGACAAGGCCAGAGUUCCCGCUAUGGCCAGACAGACAGACAAGGCCAGAAUUCCCGCUAUGGUCAGACAGACAGACAAGACCAGAGUUCUCACUAUGGCCAGACAGACAGAGCAGGCCAGAAUUCCCGCCAUGGUCAGACAGACAGACAAGGCCAGAGUUCUCACUAUGGCCAGACAGACAGAGCAGGCCAGAGUUCUCACUAUGGCCAGACAGACAGACAAGACCAGAGUUAUCAUUAUGGCCAGACAGACAGACAAGGCCAGAAUUCCCACUAUGGUCAGACAGACAGACAAGGCCAGAGUUCUCACUAUGGCCAGACAGACAGAGCAGGCCAGAGUUAUCAUUAUGGCCAGACAGACAGACAAGGCAUGAGCUCUCAUUAUGGCCAGACAAAUAGAGAAUGCCAGGGCUAUUGUUCUGGCCAGACAGACAGAGAAGGCCACAGUAAUUGUUAUGGUCAGACAGACAGACAAGGCCUGAGUUCUCACCGUGGUCAGUCAGAGACUGGGAAGAUAGGGCAAAAUAUUUACCUUCAAGGGAGGGAAGAAAUAAGCAGAGACUCGUAUGUUGAGCAACCAGGAAGUUCAGGGAGACUAAGUCAACAGACUCAAGGACAAGAAGUGGCUCGAAAUCAGGGACAGAGAUUUCAGUCUAGGGAAGGGCAGCAGAACAGCCACCAGGCAUGGGAGCCCGAGGAAGAUAACCAACACCACCAACACAAACUCAUAGCACAAAUCAAGCAAGAAGUGCCACAUGGUUAUAAAGAAGGUGAAUGGCAAUCAUGUAGUGGUGAGCAGGGCCACAGACAGACACAAGCCAGGCAUGAAGAGAGGCAGAGCCACCAGGCAGAAGGAGAGCAGGCCUGCCAAAGCUGGGGCAGACACGGUUGUGAGGGUCAGGAAACUCCAUGCAAGAUGCAGGCCAGGCAAAACCAUGAAGAGGAACAAGGCCAUCAGAGUCGGGACAGGCAAACCCACGAAGAUGAGCAGACCCGUCAGAGACAAGAGAGGCAAACCCACGAAGAUGAGCAGACCCGUCAGAGACGAGAGAAGCAAACCCACGAAGAUGAGCAGACCCAUCAGAGACAAGACAGGCAAACACAUGAAGAGAAUCAAAACUAUCAGCAAAAAUGGGAUAGGCAAACCCUUGAGGAGGAAGAAAGGUAUCAAGGGUCCCAGGAUCAACAACCUUAUGGGAUCCAGCAAGGCCGUGCUAAUAGAGAAAAAUUCCACAGGAAUGAAAAUAGCCAGAGGCAAAAUUCCCAGGGAGGAUGCAGUAACCUGACCCUCCAUCCCACCCAGAGCAGUGGGAGGCCCUCAAGGGGAGAACAGGGUGGAAGUCACCCUAACAAGGUAGCUUCUGCUCCCAACGCCCUCUAUAACUAUGUACAAGAGCAGAAAAGGAAUCAGCGCUAG